AUGCCUGUUAGAGAUACGGCUGAGCGAUUAGCUAUUCGUGACUCCAAUCCCGUGAAACCUUCAUCAAAAACUCUCGUGUCAAAGUAUUCUCCCCAGUAUAAGAUUGAUCGUGACUAUGAUAGUGAUCCAUUCGAUGAUACUAUUAUUAGCCCAUCGAAGAGUGAUUUUCUCGACAUUUCUGAUUAUCAGCACCAGGCACUCAGUAUAUUGGCAAAAGAGAGAUCUUUCACACUUCCUGAACCAGCUGAUCCGAGUGCAUUCGAUGAUGCUUUUAUUCAAAAACGACAUCAAGUUAUUCAAAAUCAGAUAUAUCGAAAACUCAUUGAUCAAUGGGCAAAUAUGACCACCGUUCAGCAAUUAGUCGCAGCGAUAAAUUUUUAUACUCGAAACAAAUCUCUCGUUGAUCGUAUUUGGUUUGUGUUCUAUUGGAUUGUAAACAAUAUUGCCUAUGAUCCUGUAUCCUUGAUUCCUGGCAGGCGUGCUCAGCAAUCAGCUGAAAGAGUAUUUCGAACACGCAAAGGUGUUUGCGCUGGCUAUUCGAAUCUACUCCAACAUUUGUGUACUCAGCUUGGUAUUAAAUGCGUAUAUAUUGGUGGUUUCACAAAAGACGAAAUAAUGAAUAAUCAAGAAACGCCACUUAUUCGUACUAAUCAUGCAUGGAAUGCUGUUGAAAUCAGUCAUCAUUGGUAUUUACUGGAACCAACAUGGGCAGCUGGAUAUUUAACUGAGAAGAAUACCAAAUUCGAACGUCGUCUUGAUUUUUCCUAUUUUCUUGCUCGCCCAGAUCAAUUCAUCUAUAGUCAUUUACCGAAAGAUUCAAAGUGGCAAUUUUUAAAACAUUCAAUAUCAAUGCUACAACAUACACAUUUGCCGCUGAUUUAUCCAGCUUACUUUAGUCUCGGACUCGAGUUGAUUAGUCCUUGUAUAUCAAAUAACAUGAAAUUUGUUCCUGGCAAACCUUUUGGUGUAAUCAUCAUACGUGCUCCAUCAGACAUUGAGAUCUAUGUUUUUGUUAUGUUAAAUGAUGAAGAAGUGAUUGAUGGAUAUGAAAUACGUCAUUCUAAAAACAGAGAUUUCCGUUAUAUUUAUAUAGCUCCGGCUCAUACUGGCAUGUAUACUGUAACUAUUUACGGAUAUCAUCCACUCAAUAAUGAAGGUGCUCGUGUGAUAAAGGUCAAAUUUAAUGUAACGCAUUUACGUAGUCGCUUAGUUAAGUUUGCAAAAAAAUGGCACACAUUCUACGAACAUGGCUUCGAAGUCCUCUAUCCGAGAAAUACUGGUACUAUUCAGUUAAAAUCUCCAAAUGAAAAUCAUUGUCAAAUUUUAAUUCGAACAUCUGCUCAUACUCAAUUAAAUGGUCAAUUGAGAAACCAUGCAGGCAAGAAAAUAAACGGUGGCGAACGGAUCUACUACGAUCAAGGAAGAGAUGUUUGGCGUUGUAAGUUUGCUCCAGAUCAGAAUGGUUGUUUCGAAGCUCAUAUUUUAGCGAGACACAAGUCAGAGUCAGACAAUAGUGUCUUCAAACCAGCUAUCACUUUUCAACUACAAGUAGAUCGUUUAAAAAACCCUAUUUCGUAUCCAAAACUUUAUUAACAUUUUUUUGAUUUGAACCUUUGUCUUCUAUCUCCAACUUCACAAAACCAAUUGAGUUUUAAAGAAAAUUCAGGCAUCGCCCAAAUGAAUAUUCAUUCACCUGCUAAUGUACAACUUAAUUGUCGCAUGGAAUAUGCAGGCCAGAAAGUCAAAAAUGGUUCAUUCUCACAGUUCAAUACUGAUAGACAGCAAUGGGAAAUUUUGUUUGCGACUCACUAUAUAGGCCUUCAUCAACUCUUGAUCUCGGCUCAGCUCAAUGACAGUCCUUUUGAGCCAGUCGCUCAAUUUUCUCUCAAUACAGAUUGUCUUCUUUCUCGACCAACAAAGUUUCCUGUUGUUUCUUCACGCUUUCAUAUUGCAAAAUGCUAUAUAUAUGGACCAAUGGUGGAUGAACUCGAAGCCGGUACUAGUGUACAUUUUCGUUACUACUUGCCAGGAGCUAAGCGUGGUUUUGUCAAAAUUGACGAAAAUCAAGAAAAAUCGUUUUCAUUGAUUGGGUUUCUAUUGGAGCAGACUCUGAUAGUGAACGGUCAUAAAGUGACCAUUUUUGCACAGUUUGACGAAACAUACGAAGAACUUGUCAGGUAUCUGGUUAAAUGAAAUGAAAACUUUACACAUGUAUCUAUUCUUUCAGAAUAUAAAACAAAAACUAAUGAUAGUUUUUCGCAUGUUUUCUUUAAAAUAAAGCAAAUCUGAUGUGUUUCGAAAUAAGCUAUAUCUUAGUAUUGAGGGUGUGGGGGUGAGUAGGUGUGUGAGUGUGGGUGUAUGUACGAAUUCACAGAAUAGACAUCCACACCUUCCGUAGGUCCAUCAGAUUCCAACACUAUGGAACAGAAUGGAGGUCUGAGACCCCGAAUCGUAUAGGGAUGCAUCUGCUUUAUAGAAAGGGAUGGAAAAAUCUGAUUAGAUUAUGUUGUGGGAAUGAUUCUACUGGGAACAUUAUUUUCAUUAAAUAAAGAAAAUAACUAUUGCAUUUUAGGGUCAAACAUUCUCUAUAAAAAUAAAAAGAAAUCAAUUAAUGACAUAUUUUAUCAUUCCGUUUAUUUCAAUAUACAUAUCGAUUUGUGCGAUUUUCCUUUGGCAAUGUAUUCUAUUUAUUGACAUUUAUUUGAUUAAUCUUAAUCCAAUAAAUAUAUCAAAAAUCUUUUGUUGAUGUCAUCAGCAAUCCACAUCACAUUAUCAGAAGAUAUUUCUAUAAAGAUUUUUGAAAGAUACUCGAUAAUAUUGAAAAUUAUUCAUUUUAUACAUAUAAUUUCGGGUUCGAAGCUAAUUUAUGAAAAUUUCUAUUUCUGGGGACAAUGUGAAAAAAGUUCUCUUGUUCUCUAGUCAUUAUUUUGAUCAUUUGUUCUAUCUAUCUAUCGAAAAAAAAAUCAAGUAGGGUGUGGGUGUGGGUGUGGGCGGGGGGGUGAGGGUGGGUGGGGGUGGGGGUGGCGGUGGGCGUGCGCCGGUCCCCG